CGGCGCGCGGCGGCGUCACGAGGGGCGGGGCGCAGGCUCGCCGGGAAGUUGCGCCCCGACAAGUUGCAGCCAUGUAAGUAACGCAGCGGCCGGGAAGGUGGGAGGGGCGGCGCCGCCCGCGUCCCCCUCAAGAACCUCGGAGGAAGCCGAAGGAAGGCGCUACCCUGCGCUCCCGGGGGGGGGGGCACGGAAAAGCCUCCCCCCGGAGAAAGCAUUCAUCUCUCGGCUGAAGAUCUCCUUUCUCGCUGCAAGAAGCGGAAGACCUGCGCCAAGACUCGGGGGGGCGCGGCGGCGGACGGGGGGAGCGCACAGCCGGCCCCAGAGGCUCCCUGCGGGCGGCGGUUUUCGGCGGACACCAAGGAAUUCUGAGCCCGACAGGGACCCCGAGGUAGCGAGCUCCGGGUCCAGAGGCUGCCCCUCGGUUCCGGCUUCCUGUCGCCCGACGGCUGGCCGGGCCAUGUCCGGAGGCUGGGGCUCGGCGGCCCUGCCCCCCGCUCCGGGGUCCCGGAAGCCCGCCCCGCGGAGCCUCAGCUGCCUCUCAGACCUGGACGGCGGCGCCGCCCGGGAGCCGCGGCCCUGCAGGCCCCCCGGGAGCCCGGGCCGCGCGCCGCCUCCACCGCCGGAGCCGUCCGGCUGCGACCCUCGCCUCCGGCCCAUCAUCCUGCGGCGGGCGCGCUCGCUGCCCAGCUCCCCCGAGCGCCGCCAGAAGGCGGGGGGCGCGCCGGGAGCCGCGUGCCGGCCGGGCUGCAGCCGGCAGCUCCGCGUGCGCUUCGCCGACGCGCUGGGCCUGGAGCUGGCCCAGGUCAAGGUGUUCAACGCGGGCGACGACCCGUCGGUGCCGCUGCAUGUGCUGUCGCGCCUCGCCGUCAACUCGGACCUGUGCUGCAGCAGCCAGGACCUGGAGUUCACCCUGCAGUGCCUGGUGCCCGACUUCCUGCCGCCCAUCGAGGCCGCCGGCUUCAGCGAGCGCCUGGGGCGGCAGCUCGUCUGUUUGGAGCGCGUCACCUGCUCCGACCUGGGCAUCAGCGGCACGGUGCGUGUGCGCAACGUGGCCUUUGAGAAGCAGGUGGCGGUGCGCUACACCUUCUCAGACUGGAAGAGCGCGCAUGAGGCGGUGGCCCGGUGGCGCGGGCCCGCGGGCGCCGAGGGCACGGAGGAUGUGUUCGCCUUCGGCUUCCCGGUGCCGCCCUUCCUGCUGGCGCUGGGCUCGCGCGUGCACUUCGCGCUGCGUUACCGAGUGGCCGGGGCCGAGUACUGGGACAACAACCAUGGCCGCGACUACAGCCUCACGUGCCGCAACCACGCGCUGCACAUGCCUCGCGGGGAGUGCGAGGAGAGCUGGAUCCACUUCAUCUGAGGGUGGCCCGGCCCGGCCUGGCGCGGCCCAGCGGCAGCGGUUCCCUAGCCAGGCUCUCCCGUCCCUGCGGUUACUCUUCCUCACACCCCACUGCCAGCCUGAGUCUUCUCACUUCACUUCCCGAGGCAAGGUCCUUGGGCGGUGGCCCUUCCCAUCUUCUACUUGAAACAUCUGUGUCCCCAGGUCUAAAAAGUAGCCUCAAGUGGCCGGAAGGCUGAGUCGUGUAACGCGCUGGGGGAGGGUGCUGGGUGGGCAGAUGCAUGGCUGGGUCGGCCCUUCUGGAGAAAGCCCAGGCGGGGUGGGUGGGGUGGGUUGGUUGGUGGGUUUUUUGGAAAGGCCUGCAUCCUCCUGCUAGGAAAGCCUGUGGCUUUUGCAUGUAUUCUGACUGGGUCUCUGUAAACGUAGCUGUUAUUUAUUAUCAUUGUGAUGUUGGAACAUUUUACCCUUAUUGGAUGCCUUCUCAGGAACAUUCUGGAUUUAACAAGCUAAAAAAAUAAGUCCUGUGUGUCUGUGCCCAUUGCAAACAGAAUGUACAGUGUGACUCCCAUCAUGGUCCCUUGAGGCGUUUCUGCCUGGGACAAGGAAAACCUGAGACUAGGUUGCUUGCCAAUGUCUGUAGACUUCUAACAGUGGGAAACUAUUAAUAGGCAAGAAAUUUAUGCCUCAUCAGUCAUCAUACAGCCAUUCCUGGGAGUUCAGGCUGCCCUGGUUAGGCCAUGUGUCUUCUACAUCAACAGCCAAGGAAGGGGGAAAAGCCUGACUUUCAAAACUAGCAAAACAGUCCCUUCUCUUGCAGUCUCUCCUCCCACUUCCUCUGUUCCCCCCUCUUCGUCUUUGAUAAUUAUAUCUGCAUGUUAUCAGGCCAUUGUUUAGGUUUGAGACGACCUAAACAUUUUAAGAAAUUCUGCCUUAAGUUAUUUCAAUUUUCAGGCAAUUCUAUAGAAAAAUUUCAGGCAACAAUGCCCUCUGCAAUUACCUUUUUGAUGACUAAGGUGACUCCUUUAAUGUCUGCUUAAGUGUCAGAAAAUUUCAGCAGUCAUCCUUCAGAAAUCAGGUUAUCAAGUGGAACUGACAGGUGUUUUCAUCAGUAGCUGGAGCCCUGCAGGAAAAAUCAUCAGUAUUUAUACUUUUUAAUCAUUUUAAAUUGUAUUUAUAUUUUCCCAGUUUUAUCAGCUACCUGCCAACUUUAUUCUUUGUGCCUUCAGACAGGAGAGUUUCUAACAUUGUCUGGACUUUCCCCACCUCCCCAUUUUUAAAAUGUUAAAUGCUUUUCCUUCUUUGUUGUUUAUCUCCAACCAAGAAGUCAAAGCCUUCAUGCCCUGCUGAAUGCCAGGAUGACUUAAAACUCCCAGCGAGCUGCUGAUGAUUUCUUUUGGUGCCGAGCGGUGGUCUCUCUGACAGCAGGUGCUAACACUGAGGUGUGGAAACCCAGCCAAGAUGAAGAAGGCCUCCAACUUGUGAAGUUUGCUUCUAAUACAGUUGAAACCAGUGUCAUUAAUUUGUGAUAGCUAUCAUCAAUGAAUUGACUCUAAAUUUUUGAAUACUUAUUGACAUUUGUCAAAUCGCUAUGUAAACGAUGUGUUUUGCCUUUUAACCAAUUUGUUUUUAUAAUUGCAACUUAAGUUUUUCUAAAAUUCAAAGAAGAGGGAUCGCUUUCUUUGGUACCUUUUGAUAAUAAGAACACUGAAUUUUGAUUUAAAGUGUUGUAAUUCAAUUGAACAACCGUUGGCUACUAGCACUGUGCACUACAUUAACAUGCAAGAGGGACGGAAGCCUAUUUCCAUUUCCUGCUGUUUAAUUAACUGUCCAGUUAGGUCAGCAAGCCUCUGAGAGCCUUGGCUGUUGUGUCCUUGGCCCCAGCCCAGAGUGCAAGACAACUGUCCAGAGCAUUCAGGUAUAAGAGUUAGAGCUACCAAAUGUAUUGUUGUAUAAAGGCAUGUAAAGAAUCUUAUCCAUGUGAAAGUCACUUGUCAAAAAGGUUCUGCUCAUGGAAUAUACAGUAAAUGUUUUAUCUUCGAUAGUAAGAGAGCCUUCACGUGCCUUUAAAAAAAAAAUCAACAUUUAAAAAUGUAAAAAUUUAAAUAUACCUUCCUAUAUGAUAAAGAAGUUGAUAAAGUUUAGCUUAAGGAGAACUUUCAGAUCCUAAAAUAGUUAUAUUGCUUAAAUUUUAAAAUUUUGCGGUGGAUUGUGCAAUUGUGGGGCUGUCUCCCCAAACAUAUUUGAAGGUCAUUUAAGAUUAUUUCACUCAAGCCUCAAUAUUAAAGUAUGUGCAUAAAUUGUUA